GGGUUUUACUUGUUUUGUAAAUUGGCUCAACAAACACACACAAUAUAAAGAGUGAAAGCUACUCCUCUAUAGCUCAUUCUCUCAUCACCCCCACCAAAAAAAGAAGAAAGAAAGAGAAUGGAAGAACAACUCAGCUCUCUUGCUGUAACUCAUCUUCUCCAACACACUCUUAGGAGUCUCUGCAUACAUGAGAAUUCCCAAUGGGUUUAUGCUGUUUUUUGGAGGAUUCUCCCUAGAAACUAUCCUCCUCCUAAGUGGGAUGGGCAAGGAGGGGUGUAUGACAGGUCAAGAGGUGUGAGGAAGAACUGGAUAUUGGUUUGGGAAGAUGGUUUUUGCAAUUUUGCAGCUUCUGCUGGUGAGGUGAAGGAAUGUGGGAGUGAGUAUCAAGGUCUGCAGCCUGACCUCUUCUUCAAAAUGUCACAUGAAAUCUACAAUUAUGGUGAAGGUUUGAUUGGGAAAGUGGCGGCUGAUCACACCCACAAAUGGAUCCACAAAGAGCCAAAUGAUCAAGAAAUCAACUUCUUAUCUGCAUGGCAUAACUCAGCUGAUUCUCACCCCAGGACUUGGGAAGCUCAAUUCCGGUCUGGUAUUAAGACUAUUGCUUUGAUUGCUGUUAGAGAAGGUGUCAUUCAAUUAGGAGCUGUCCACAAGGUUGUUGAGGACCUGAGCUAUGUAGUGCUGCUGAGAAAGAAGCUGAUCUACAUCGAAAGCAUACCGGGAGUUUUGUUGCCACAUCCGUCGUCGUUGUCGUUGUCAGGUGCAGCAGCCUACCCUUCGGCAACGAAGAUGGAUGCACCUCAAGAAGCGUGGCAUUAUCAAAACAACUUGAUGAAUCCGCUUGCAAAUGAGUAUUACGAUCAUCAGAUGAGAAUAGCCCCGUCGAUGAGCAGCCUCGAAGCCCUCCUGUCCAAGCUGCCCUCCGUGGGGCCCUCCUCCGCCACGGCCAGGCCGGUGGAGCUGAUGAAGGAGGAGGAGGAGGAGGAGGGAGAGAGUAGCAUGCCGCCGGGCUACUACGCUUUUCACCAUCAAGAUUUGAAUGUGAACAACAGUGGAUGUUGAUGAUGUUCGAUCAUGUUUCUUCAGUAUUUUAAUUCGUAUGUUUAAUUAUUACUAGGAUUUCAUAAUAGUAGUAUGUUGUUUGAUGAUUGUGUAGCCUUCUAAUUUCAUCUUGGUCACUCUAGAAUAAGGGCCAAAUAUAUUUAUUCAAUCCAUUUUAUACUA